CACAUCUCCAAAAGGGAGGGGUGCGGCCACAUUACUGGUCCAAGAGAGGAGGUGCCUCCCGGACUAACUGGAGAAAGGCUGGCUUGGACUAUGCUCUGCUCUCUCCUUGCCCCUCUCCUGGGCACUUUCUUAGGGGUUGGAGCUCAGACCAUUCAUCAAUGGCCAGCUACCAUGGUGCAGCUUGUGGGCAGCCCGUUCUCUCUGGAGUGCAUCGUGAAGGGGACAUCAAGCCCCAACUUAUACUGGUACCGGCAGUCUGCAGGGGGGUCCCUCCAGCUGCUCUUCUACUCCAUCAGUGCUGACCAGAUAGACUCUGAGGUGCCCCAGAACCUCUCCGCCUCCAGACCCCAAGAUGGCCAGUUCAUCUUGAGUUCUAAGAAGCUCCUCCUCAGUGAUUCUGGCUUCUAUCUCUGUGCCUGGAGUAUCAUACUGAGCUGGGUGGGGCAGACAUCUGUGCAAAAACUCCACCCUCUCCUGAAUCUAACCACCCUCACCAGGAGCCCUCACUUAAGGGAAGGGUGGAGGAUAUUUGUGAUUGGGUUUCUGACUGAUACCUGUUGGUGUAUAUUGAGGAGGGCGUUUGUGCAUAUGUGGCUGAAAAAAGUAGAGUACACCUGUGACAGGAUGCGGCUUGCCCUAGACCUUGUUCCUGGAGGAGAGCCAGGGAACAGGUGUCAGGGCUUCAGGUGCCACUUGUUAACCAUGGGACUCCGGGGUCAGUGCUGUCUUCUUAUACCAUCAGACUCCCUCUGA